GCCCAUUUAUUGCUGCCAUCUGUUCACCAUUGUAUAGUGUAACAAAUGCUGUAAAUCUGGUGUGUCUCUCUCUCUCUCUCCUUCUCCCAUCUUGCCUGAAUCUUGAAAUUUUCCUUAAUCUCUCCAAAACCCAAAAACAUAAUCAUUUGAUUCCUAUGUUUUUUUCUAACAAAAUUUUCAAAUUACCCCAAUUUUAGAACUGUUUGAUUCAUUGAUCUGGUUCUUGAUUUGAUCACACCACUUGAUAGAUUGAUAAGGGAACAUAGCAUUUUGAUCAUUGUAAAGAAUUGGGUUUUGAGCUUAAUACUUGACGGCAAGAAGCAUGGGAGUGGGAGCUCAGCACAGGGACUGAAUCUGAACUCGAAGAAGUAACUACAGUGACUGGAGGGAAGUUUUAGUUCAUGGUGCUUUGCAAGUCCACUUUGAAUAUUUUUCCACCACUUCUCAUCUCCUGAUAGAACAUUUACCUCUGAGACUUCUUUCUUCUUUACUUUUGCUGUUUCCUUCUGUAGCCGACCCCUGCCUUUGAAGUUUUUUCCAAGGGCCUAUACCUGCUCAUUCUUUACUUUUCUUUAUUUCGGCACAAAUAAGUAGUUAUGAUGUUCUAGCUUCCCAUUUUAUGUGGUGAAGAAGAUGGCACACAAUUCCGAGGAAGAAAAAAAAGAGGACUACCUUUUCAAGAUUGUAUUGAUUGGUGAUUCUGCAGUUGGUAAAUCGAAUUUGCUUGCUAGAUUUGCUAGAGAUGAAUUCUAUCCAAACUCAAAAUCGACAAUUGGAGUAGAAUUUCAGACUCAAAAGAUAAACAUAAAUGGGAAGGAGGUUAAAGCGCAGAUAUGGGAUACGGCUGGUCAAGAACGAUUUAGAGCAGUUACUUCUGCAUAUUACAGAGGUGCAGUUGGAGCUCUUCUGGUUUAUGAUAUUAGUAGGCGCCUGACUUUCGAUAACAUUGAUCGAUGGCUUAACGAGCUUCAGACUCAUUCGGACAUGAAUGUGGUUAUAAUACUCGUUGGCAACAAGUCUGAUCUCAAAGACGCCAGGGAAGUUACAACAGCGGAAGGCAAAGCCUUGGCUGAGGCGAAAGGUCUAUUUUUCAUCGAAACUUCAGCUUUGGAUUCAUCGAAUGUAACGUCUGCUUUCCAGACAGUUGUUAGGGAGAUCUAUAAUAUUCUGAGCAGGAAAGUUAUUCAAUCUCAAGAGCUCCAGAAAAAGGACUCGGGGCGGCUAGCAAAUGGUAAGUCUGUGGUUUUGCAGGCUGAUGAUGGAAAUCAAGAAACAGUUGCAGAAACAAAGAAAGGUGGAUGUUGUUCGUCUUAAGUAAAACAAUCAAAUAUGAAGUCGGCUUACCCUUUAAUGUGAGACUUCUUGGCGUGAAUUCAUAUUUACUCGGGCCCCAAUGUUGAUACUGGACACCGAGUGGGAAACAAAAAGAAAAGUAAACAAUUCCUCUUUUAAGUCCAAGACAUGUUAAAUAUUACUUCUCCCAUGAUGUAAUUCAGUUUCUUGUUGGUUGAAGAAAGAAGUACAGCUUUCUCUUGGAUCUAUAGGAAAAACUAUUUCUUUAGCAAAUGUAAAUGAUCUCAAGGGGAGAAGUACAUUUUUUUUUUACUGUUUUUGGAGUUUCUAGUUUUGUAUAAUUCAAUUUCUGUGCUUUAACCUGC